AGUGCUUUCAGCCUUCCACAGAUGUUACUAGGUACUUGCUGCCUCGUCGAUUUUUUGUUGAUUGAGCUCCGCCUAUCUAUCAUAUCGAAGCUUGGACGUUGACUUCACACGCAUUUUUACGGCGACUCUGACCUCAAAGGCCAUCUUUAAGGUCAUUCUUAUUUUGCUCUACGUAGAAGAGAUUUUUUAUAGACAUUCGCGGAGCUCCAUUGGAGCUAAUCGUCGCAAAGAUGUCGAACAAGCAAGGCAAAAUGGCCGGUUACAUCAACUACCGAAUGAGGGUCACGCUGAUGGACGGUCGCCAGAUGACAGGACAAAUGCUGGCUUUUGACAAGCACAUGAACCUCGUCCUAGCCGAUACCGAAGAAUUUCGACGUGUAAAGCGAAAGCAGACAAAGCCUACCGCACCCGGCGCAUCUAGCUCAGCCGCAACCCAAACGAUCGAGACGGAAGAGAAGCGUACUCUGGGAUUGACAAUCCUCCGAGGUGCUCAUAUUGUAUCUCUCUCCGUUGAGUCUGCACCGCCGGCCGAUCCUAGCACACGACUUGGGAAGAGUACCCCGAGCGGUCUACCCACUGGUUUAGCCUCCGGUCCGGGUGUCGCUCGUCCUGCCGGGCGCGGUGCGGCUCCUUCAUCUCUUGCUGGUCCAGCGGCUGGCGUUGGAGGUAGUGCUCCUCCCCCCUUCCCUCAAUUCGGUGGAGCUCCUGGGUUCGGACCUGGCAGAGGUGGCCCUCCUGCACCCGGAUUUCCUCCUGGUGGAUUCCCUCCGCCAGGCUUUCCUCAGAACACCCAAUUCCCACCCCCUGGCUUCAAUCCUGCCGGUGGACCCCCCCCUGGAUUCAAUCCUCCGCCGCGAAGAUAAUUGUAGAGGGGGGCACAGUUUUAAGGAGGCGGAUAUAGCAAUUGCUGAAAGAAUGAAGUCCUUUUUGAGUGACGAAUGGGGAUACCAUUGGCGUUUGGGGUGGUAGCUGAAAACUAUGGAUAACACCUGAAAAUUGGUGAAAAUUGCAUUCCGUACUUUACAUAGGUCGGAAGCCCACGAAUACAGCACCGCAUGAAUCUCAAAAUAAUACAUCCAAAUAUUGCUAAUGUCGCUACUAUAAAUUGCCUAGAGGCAGUACAUAGGAUGGUAAUCCGUUGCCAAUUAUAGAAAUUGGUUGUUGG